AUGGGGCAUGUGAUGUUUAGAUCUGUGAAUGUGUGGAAUAAUCCAGAAGGAACAAGGACCUGUGCUGUGGGGAAGACUCUGACACACAAAGAGGUGGAUGAUGGGCUAACAACGGACACCCAGAAGGAUGUUCAACCCCCAAAGCAGAAACCAAUGACAUAUAUAUGUGGAGAAUGUCACACAGAAAAUGAAAUAAAAUACAGGGAUCCAAUCAGAUUCAGAGAAUGUGGGUACAAAAUAACAUACAAGAAAAGGGCAACAAGAUUGGCAGUUUUUGAUGCUUGAUGAAACCUGGGAAUUCAAAGAAAUGUCUUCACUUAUACUUGGAUUUGUCUUCUCAAUAUUUUUCAUUGUUGUAUAGCUUCAG